UUUUUUCCAAAAACUGUAAAUUACUUUUUCUUUCUUUACGGGCAUAAGUUCGAACCAACAAAAAAAGUUUCGAAUCCCUUCUUUGUUUCUUUUCUUUUCUGUCAAUUCAUUAUAGUCUUUCCACUUUUCAUCUUUAUAAACAUUACAAAAAAGCAACUCCAACAAUCAGGCUAGAAUAAAAUGAACACAGCAUCAAAUCAUUCAGCAGAUCCUGAAUUAUUCUACAUCAAGCAAGAACGUAUUGGCAAAGGUUCUUUUGGUGAAGUCUUUAAAGGGCUUGAUCGACGUACGAAUAAACCCGUAGCCAUCAAAAUCAUCGACCUCGAAAGUGCAGAAGAUGAAAUUGAUGAUAUUCAACAAGAAAUAGCCAUCUUAUCACAGCUGGAUUCGCCUUAUGUGACAAAAUAUCAUGGAUCUUAUCUUAAGGGAACAGGAUUAUGGAUUAUAAUGGAAUAUUGUGCAGGUGGAUCUUGUAGCGAUCUGAUGAAGAUGGGAACUAUUCGAGAGGAGUAUAUCGCCAUUAUUUUAAAAGAAUUAUUGAAGGGAUUAGACUAUCUUCACAAUGAAGGAAAAUUACACAGAGAUAUAAAAGCUGCCAAUAUACUAUUGAGUUCUAAUGGUGAAGUCAAGUUGGCUGAUUUUGGUGUAUCUGGACAGAUUACUGCAACCUUAACGAAGAAAAAUACAUUUGUUGGUACUCCCUUUUGGAUGGCACCAGAAGUCAUUAAACAAUCUGGAUAUGAUUUCAAAGCGGAUAUUUGGUCGUUAGGCAUUACAGCGAUAGAAUUAGCCAACGGUGAGCCGCCGUAUGCUAAAAUGCAUCCUAUGAAAGUGCUAUUCCAUAUACCCAAGAAUGAUCCUCCUUCCUUGGGUCCUCCUCAUAGUAAGGCUUUCCGAGACUUUGUCAGUUUAUGUUUACAAACCAAUCCUGCCGACAGGCCUUCAGCUAAAGAAUUAUCAAAGCACAAAUUUAUCAAAAGCAGCAAAAAAGUCGCUUAUUUGACGGAAUUGAUUGAGGGACACGAGCGAUGGAUGAGCACGCAUGGACGAGAUGCUGAAUCAUCAGACGACGAAGAAAGAUGAUGACGAUGGUUGGGAUUUUGGAACGGUGAGACAAGCACCACCGACAAUCUCAUCGCAAAAAACAGUGGCAGCUAUACAGCAACAACAACAAUCACGACCCAUAUCCCAAAUGCAUACCUCACCUAGCCAAUAUUCAAUCAAUAGCUAUGCCAAUGGAAGCAACAAUGACAGAUAUCAACGGCCGUUA